CAUAAGGUUGUUACAGAACCUUAAAACUCCACAUGUGUCACUUGUGUCACGAAUGAUCAUAAUUUUGUAUAGCAGCUGUCACCAUCAGUGGUGGCUGUAAAAGUUUACAAUGGUGGAUGAAUCGACGAAGAAAACAUUAAGUAGCAUUCCACUGUUGCAAACGAAAGCAGGCCCCCGAGACAAGGAUUUAUGGGUGCAAAGAUUAAAAGAAGAAUACCAAGCAUUAAUUAAAUAUGUCAAGAAUAACAAAGAAUCUGACAAUGAUUGGUUUCGAUUGGAAUCGAACAAAGAAGGUACAAAAUGGUUUGGGAAAUGCUGGUACAUUCACAACCUUUUAAAGUAUGAAUUUGAAAUUGAAUUUGAUAUUCCUGUUACAUAUCCCACAACAGCACCUGAAAUUGCUUUACCAGAACUAGAUGGUAAAACAGCAAAAAUGUACAGAGGUGGAAAAAUUUGCCUCACAGACCAUUUCAAGCCAUUAUGGGCACGUAAUGUUCCAAAGUUUGGAAUUGCUCAUGCUAUGGCACUUGGACUUGGACCAUGGUUAGCAGUCGAAAUUCCUGAUCUUAUAGAAAAAGGUGCUGUAGUCCAUAAGGAUAAAAUAGGUCAAAAGUCGUAA